UGCUUGCGAGUUCGCCGCUGCAGCCUCGUCUCUCGUUCUCUUAAUCUGCUGCGAGUGCGCUGUUUUCUCCACUUGAGUGGAGCGUUUGCUGAAGUUGCGCGCGUUGUUGAUGAAAGUUGCAGGUUUUUUUAUUUUUAAUAGAGAUCUCAGCUGAAUGGCGCAAUUUGUUGCUUGUGGAGAACCACAUUUGACAUCGACUCACAUUGCAUUCAUAAGAUACUUGAACCGGACCAUUGAGUCAAUCAGGCGAGAUAUUGCAGACACAUUUGCAGCCAUUUUCGGCUCCGAAAACAACCUUGCCCCCUCUGUAAGCACUAGAUGUGAAGAUGAUAUUGCUUUAUCGUCUACCAAAUAUCUAAUAUCAGCUAUUGGGAAAAAGUGCCAUCUAAUUGCUCAGGAUUGUUCCUCAAAUGAGAAGAGCUUCCGUGACAAGAAGGGCCCAGAUGUUGUUUUCAAUGUAUUGGAUAAUAUUCUAAAGGACAGUUUAGAGCGACUAAAGAUGAUGAGGGAAAAUAUAUCUUUGGCCAAGAUAGAUCUUCAAGGAUGCACAUUUGUCUAUAACUACACCGAACAUGCAGCUACCAUUAGGUCGUUGUGCUUGGAAGGGAAGUUGGGAGCAGCCAUGUGGCUUCGGAGGAAAAUGGUGCAGAAGGGUCUCAUUCCUGACGUGUUUACCCACAACCAUAUAGUAAAUGGGCUGUGUAGAACUGGUCUUGCAGAGAAGGCAGAUUGGUUUAUUAGAGAGAUGUUAGAAUUUGGUCCUCACCCCAACUCUGCUACUUAUAAUACUUUAAUCAAGGCAUAUUGCAUUGUUAAUAGUGUAGAUAAAGCUUUGCAUCUGUUCUCCACCAUGACCAAUACUGGUAUUCAGCCAAACAGAGUUACUUGUAACAUACUCGUUCAUGCGUUGUGCGAGAAGGGUCUUUUGAAGGAAGCUAAAAGGAUGCUUGAAGAAAUAUUACAUGAUAAUCACAAUGAUAUUCCGAAUUUAGUUACCUCUACUAUAUUUUUGGAUUAUUACUUUAAGAAUGGUGCAAUUAUUCAGGCUCUUAGCCUUUGGAAUGAGAUGCUUCUGAAGUGCACUAAUGUAGAUGUGGUUGCUUAUAAUGUUCUUAUCAAUGGAUUUUGCAAGAAUCAACAAACGAGCCUUGCAUAUGGAUAUGCAUGUGAGAUGAUUAAGAAAGGUUUACAACCUGAUGGUUUUACCUAUAAUAUUCUUAUUCAUGCUCUAUGCAAGGAAGGCAAAACCGGUGAAGCUUGCUAUAUUCUUGGAGUCAUGUCUAAAAUGGGAGUUCUGCCUGAUCAAAUUUCAUAUAAGAUUAUGAUUCGUGGUCUUUGUUUUGUUGGAAACAUUGCUAAAGCAAAAGAGUUGCUUUCGUACAUGUUGAGCAACACAAUCAUUACCAAGCCUUUAAUGUGGAACAUAAUAAUUGACUUUUACGGAAGAUGUAGAGACCGUAGUAAUGCAUUUUUUACAAGGGAUCAAAUGCUGGCUUUUGGUGUCUGCCCCAAUGUAUUUACGUAUAAUUCUUUAAUUCUUGCAGAAGUCAAGUGUGGAAAUUUCCAUGAUGCUUGUACUCUGAAGGAGGAGAUGAUUAUUAAAGGUCUCUUUCCUGACAUUGUUACUUAUAAUUUGUUGAUAGGUGCUGCUUGCAGUUUAGGACGUCUUGGUUUAGCACUUGAAUUGCAUGAUGAGAUGGUGCGAAGGGGUUGCAAACCAGACAUAAUAACUUAUACUGAACUUGUUAGGGGCUUUUGUAUUAGGGGUGACCUAAAAGAGGCAGAAGAGCUUUGUGCUAAAAUACUGAAAUCAGGUUUAUUGAAUGAUCAUGUUCCAGUUCAGAUUCUCUUCAGUACUUACUGCAAGAGGAAGCGACUGUUCGAGGCAUUUAACUUGUAUCAACAAUGGUUGGCGAGUAAACGAGAUAAUUACCCUUGGUAAAUGUUUGGCUUUAGGCAUUGCAGUAAAAUGUUCUGGAAAUGAAAGCUGUGUUUGCUUGGAAGCGGUUCUUUAUUUUUAUGAAACGUAGGUUGGUGGUUCUCAAGUGGUGGCUCAACACUGCAGCACUCUUCUCAACUCCAGAAGAUGUUCCCCAGACCAAAGUAGAAAAAGCUUUGGGCUAAUUAUUAUCUUACUCAGGUACAAUUGUAAGAACUGCUGCUUCUCUACAUGAAGUUUAUCAUAAGAAAUGCCGCUAAACUAUCAUGGAACAUUGCCAGGCUUUGCUCACCACUCGCCUUACUAAAAGCCUGAGAAACUGUAGGCACUACUGCUGCUCUGCUUAAUAUUGAACGGCAGAUAUUACCUUCAACCCAUGCCUGUUGGUGCUGGACUGGGGCUAGCCAUUGUUAUCUGUAAAGAUUGUGUGCUUGGAAAGAAGAUUGCUUUGAAAGCUGGCUUUGUGACUGAGGGAUUAAGGUUAAGUUCAAGUGUUGAGAGGAAUUGUAUGUAUUUUGGAACUUUGUCUAGGUAUAGCCAAUCCCCUAGACAAAAGAUAAAUGUUCUGUAAACUUGUAAACAACUGACUGGAAUUUAUAAAUUCUCUUCAUUAAAAUUGAUACUAAUGAGCUGUAAUUCGAAUAA